UCAAAUUCCUGAGUUACUAGUGCUUACUGUUUUGGUCUCCCUGGUAAAGUCGUUACGUGCAUCUUCAUAAAAGAAUCGGCUGGGAUUGUGACGUGUUGCCAGGAGCAGUUUGUCUACGCAAUGAUCGCCAUGCAUUUCGUGACUGAUGAGAAAAGGCUUACAGUGAAGUUCGAACAAUCACUAUACUGUAGAACUGAAGCCAUGGACCAGGAGCCAACUAUGUGGAUUAAAAAAGAGGAAAUGGAUGAAGUACAAACUGAGAUAUGCUUCAUGUUUUUUGUAGACCCAUUAAAGACGGAAGGCCCUGGUGUUUGGGUAAAGCAAGAUCCUGAACUGGAACUACAUACUGAUGGAUCUGAGCAUUAUGUAAGUUUUCACACAAGCACUGUAUUGUGCAGGAAGUGUAGUAAGAAUGUCAUGACACAAAUACGGGACAUUCAAUUAAAUUAUCAUGGACGGUUGACAGUUGAAACCUAUGAUACGAGCUAUUUUCAAGAACUUUUUGGUCUUCUAGUUGACUCUAGUUAGAUGUGUUAUUUGCUAGGUACUACCAAUAGUAUUUUACCAGCACUUGUAAUGAGCAUAUCUAUACUAACCAUUACCCAUGUAUUAAUUUUUUAUUAUGAUUGUAUGCAAUGAAUGCCUUAAAUACAUAUUUGGUAUCAAUGGAGCAAGGAAGACUUCCUCUUGGGAGUAACUGCCUCUGUCACAGUCCUAUAACAGAAAAUUUGGAAUUAAUAUACUUGGUGGCUGUAUAUUUUAGACGUCCCACUCACUAUUCACUGUAGUAUUUACAUCAUUACUGAAAUCCUGCAUUGGCUGUAUGUAAUUCCUUAUGAUUUUCCAUCAGCAUACAUGACAUCAAUUUGCAUGGUUUCCUAAAGAGCAGGCACUAAAAAUACAUGGUGAAAGAGCAAGAAGAUGUGUAAAUAGCAUUAAAUUUGGCUAAUUUUGAUGAUAAUGUGUGAAAUGCCAUAUUCAUUUGAUUAAUAACCAAAAAGCCCUCUUGUUUAUGGGUUUACAACAGGGACAUUAAUUGCAUCCCUAUAUUAUGUGGAAUUUAAUUUUGAAAUGUUGCCACACACAUAUAUCAAGUUUGUAUAUAGGAGUACAACCACUUGAUAGAGCAGACCAGAGUGCCUCUGAAAUCAGAGUGGAUUGUGCAUCAGGAAUAGAAACUGAAAGUAUGCCAAAUAAAUACUUCACAAUGGCUGACAGCAAAAUCAGAGACAUUAGAACUAAUUUGGAUGCAUUCUGACACUCCCUCUUUCCAAGCAGUAAGAAUCUCUGCAAAGUAUGACAUUCAUAGCAAAGGAAUAUUAAGAGCUGUGUCAUACACACAGAAGUUAGCAAGCUGUUAUAAUUCACAGACUCUUUUCUUCUUUCAGUCUGUUAAAAAUCCAUUGGGAAUAUCUUGAUCCACUGAUUUUAUCAAUGGGGAUCAUGAAUUAAAUUUGGAAAUGAAUGUAACUGAGAAUAUUGUAUGUAUUUACAUCUCUGUUGUAUUGCUUGUAAUUCAGUAAUAAGUCUUUUCUUAAGUGUGUAGAGUAAGAGAUGAAUUGCUGUGGAAUUGGCCCAGAUUGUCCGUUUUCUGGAACUAGUUGCUGUUCAUAAUUGUAAAGUAUUCACUUACUUGUCCACUCGACUAUAUCACCUGUUAUGUACUGGCUGUUCUAAAUAGAACUGGUUGCUGGGAUAAUCCUGUUUUCCAUAGCCCUUGUUGAUAUCAACAAUAUUGUAUAAUGGCUGUGUGUGAUGGAUACAGUAAAUUCAUGUUUAGAUGAAGUUCUAAUAGCGUAGGUCAUUUGAGAAAUAUUC